AUGAAUCAAGGAAGUUAUUGCAGAAAUGCUUUGCCGGAGCCAUCACCUGUUGAAGUACUAGUGGAAAUUACAAUACAAGACAUUUCGGACAUUUCGGCUAUAAGCGGGACGUUCGUCAUCGACUUCUGGAUUAGCGCGAUUUGGCUGGAUAGCAGGUUGGCGUUCGAUCACUUGGACCCAUGCAGGAAGAAUUUGUCAUUGGACCAUGACAUGGAACCCCGGCUGUGGUCUCCGAAUGUCUGCGUAGUCAAUUCGAAGCUGACGAAGGUACACGAUUCUCCCAAACCAAACAUUUUGCUCAUGAUCUUCCCUAAUGGAACUGUGUGGCUGAACUAUCGGGUUCGAUCAGAAGCACCAUGUCGAAUGGACUUGCGAACAUUUCCACUGGACAGCAUUAAGUGCACUCUACUAUUGGAAAGCUAUUCGUACAACUCAGCCGAGGUCUCUCUGAGGUGGCUAGAAUGGUCUCCGGUGAGCACAGUGAAGAAUGACUACAAUUUGCCAGACUUCAAAAUGUCAAACAUGACCUAUGACACAGUGACGGAGACAUAUACCGCUGGCCUAUGGCACCGUCUUGCUGUAACGAUCGAGUUCGAGAGGCUUUACGGUUUCUACAUUCUUCAAAUGUACUUGCCUACCUACGUCUCAGUGUUCAUUUCAUGGAUCGCAUUCUGGAUGGACACUCGAGCACUUCCAGCCAGGAUCACUUUGUCCGUCUCAUCGCUGAUGGCCCUGACAUUUCAAUUUGGAAACAUAGUCAAAUCCCUUCCCAAGGCUUCAUAUGUGAAAGCAAUUGAUGUUUGGAUGUUCAGCUGUGUCGGCUUUAUCUUCUUCUCACUAAUCGAGUUAGCGAUAGUCGCUUACAAUGAUAAAAUUGCCGACCAACGGAUAAGAGGUGCUGCUGGGCGAAGUAUUGCUGAGAUCAGUUUGCGACGAACAAAAGGCAGUGAACUGGGAGCUGCGAUAGACAAGGCUGCUAGCAUAGCAUUCCCUAUUGCUUUCGGUGUAUUCAAUAUGGCGUAUUGGUUAUACUACAUGUCAUUGAGUUCUCGAACGAAACUGUCGAACUCGAGUUGA